AGUUCUUCCGUAUCGACUGACAAGUGACACGAAGUGAGAGUUCUUCGGUCGGUAAAGCCGACUUGACACGCAGGAAAAAGGGUGCGCGAAAAGCAGGAAGUACCAAUGUGGAGCAAAUUCCAGUGACCGUAGCAGUGUAACGAAACUAAGAAGGGUAAAAAAAGGCGCGAGAAGAAAGAGCGCACGGCGACAAGUCAGAGUUGGUGUGUCUUCCUCUCCCUUUCGCUCUCUUUCUCUGCCUAAAAGUUGACCUCGAGUUUCAAGGGUAGAGAAGGGUUUGCAGUCGUUUGCCCCUCUACCUUACCGGGGACUACGAGCCAUGGCUCUCGAAUUCUCUACGAACGGAAGAGAGAAAGCGACGUUGCCUCGAUGUCAGUAGUGGUAGACUCCCGCCAUCCCCACCACUGCUGAAAUGUAGUUCGAUUGGUCGGCGUACUCGGGUUUUCCUUUGUGAGCGGGCGGGUGAAAGCGUGGCUUGGCAACGCUGUACGAGUUCGCCGGCGUCCGCUGGAAGGAAGGCUAAGCUCGUGCAAGUGGAAAAAAGACAGAGGAACGCGGAGAAAGAGACAAACAGACAAGUAGUGAGUGAGACUUCGGGUCGGUGUGGAAGGGGAUCUGGUUGGAGAAAGAGAAAGAGAGAAUAUACAAGCGUCCAGCCAGCCCGUCCUCGCCAGGUUCGCCCUCUGUGUGUGCGGCAUCGCGUGUAGAGUCGGUGGCGAGAGAAGCAAUCCGCGCGUAAGCUUCUCCAUGUGAAAAAGCUAUUACGCGUUCCACUACCACUGUGCAACAGCCAACGUCGGUGUGUAUAUACACGUAAAAGAAGCAUUGCGUCUCUAUGCGAGCGUGGUGUCGCAUAGAGUGCGUAAUUAGCACCGUGUGUACGAGCAAGUAGAGAGAAGAGGCCGUCACGUUUUCGAGGGAAGAAAAGGGCGAUAUAGAUAUAUAUAUAUAUAUGUGUAUAUAUAUAUAUACUAUGUAUUUUUCGUAACGGGAACGAUAGUGCACGCAUAAAUGAACGAAGAUACAUAUUUAUUAUCAAAUAUCAUUAUCGGUGACUUCGAAAAGAAACGUUGUGUCUCUCGAAUGAAAGGCUCUAUGAGUACUUAGGGGAGGGAAGAAAAGGGAAAGAGAGAAAGAGAAGGAGAGCGAAGAGAGAAGAGACGGCAAGAGAAAGAGGGAGAAAAAGAGAGACGGAGAGACGCGGCAGUGUAUCUGUCGAUGGUGGGGAGACAGAGGGAAAAAGAAAGAGCUAGAAGGGGAGAGAGAGCGCCCUCCCCUACCCACCCGCCCGCCCUCCUCCUCUACCCGCCAUACCUACUCACGGAGCUAACGAACGGUUGAGCGUAGCGUCGAGUAGACCGCAUCCCAAGUAUAACGUACGUAUUCACGAGGACCUCCUCUAUACAUCGUCGUGGAAAAAGCAGCGUGUAUGAAGCCGCUUGUGCUACCAGGAGUACUAGUAGUGAUCGUGUAGUGCGCCGGCUGGACAAGAGAAACGUGGUGUGACAGUGAGAACACAGUAGCGCGUGCGGUGCGUGUCGCGCGAUACACGACGGUCACGAACAGGAUCCCGUACGAAUGUGAGGGUGCGUGUGCGUACGUGUGUGUGUGCGUGUAGAGAGGUAUACUUCGUCGGUGGUGUGAGAGCAAGCAAGCGAGCGAGUGCGUGCGCGCGCGCACAGCGUUCGCGUGCGUAUGUGUGCAUGUCCUGUAUGAGGGAGACAGAGGAGCGUAUGUGUGGUGUAUGAGUGCGUGUCGUGUAAUUUCUUCGUGCAUCCUCUUCUUUUCCUUGGUUGGUGGUACCGUUUCUGGUAAACGAGGCCGAAGUGACAGACAGACCGUCCGCGUGUACGAUAUGUCGGAACACCACCGCGUUGCCGGUGGCUGGGGCACAGCGAGCCCAGGAAGCCGCGAGGAUGCCUCCGGUGGUACCGCCUGGUGGCCUUCGGGUUUAAACGCCGUAUCCGCCGAACAACAACAGCAACAACAGCAGCAACAGCAACAACAGCAGAAUUUACAUCAACACCUGAUGAAUCAACAGCAGCAGCAGCUAACGCAACAGCAGCAAGCACAGCAACAGCAUCAUCAGGAUAUCGUUAGGAGUACCGCUGCCGCUACCCAGCAGCUUUUCUCCUACAAGAUGGCCUCCAGCUUUCAGAAUCCAGCCACCACGGGCACACAGUCGAAUCCCGUCUCGACGUCUACGCCGGUUGGCUCCUGCAUGAGGGGAGGCUAUGAUUAUAGAUUAGGAACGGGGCCCGGAACAGGCGGAGGUGUACCUGGUACACCUUCCGCACCACCGCCUGGCGUACAGUGGUGGUACCCAGGUGGAGUUAUGGACGCCGGCCAGAACAACCUGCAUCAGCAAUUGCAGGGCCAACAACAGCAGCACCUCUCGCCCAUUACCACACAAACGUCCACGCCCCCCGUUAUGUCCCCGCACCAGAUACAGCAGUUACCGCAGCAGAAUAAUCUCCAGCAAAAUAACGCUCAGAGUUUACAACAACGAGACAAUAUGCCGAGAGGAAAGGAUUCGAAGCCAAGAGGACGGAUGACCGCAUACGCGUUCUUCGUGCAAACAUGUCGUCAAGAACAUAAAAAGAAACACCCCGAGGAAAAGAUUGUCUUUCGAGAAUUCUCUAAAAAGUGUGCAAUGAGGUGGAAGACAAUGUCAGAUAAAGAAAAGAAGCGUUUUCACGAAAUGGCUGAAAAAGAUAAAAAGAGAUACGAUGCAGAGAUGCAAAAUUAUACACCACCGAAAGGAGAAAGUAAAGGCAGGGGCAAAAAACGCAAACACAUCAAAGACCAUAAUGCUCCUAAAAGAUCGCUAUCUGCCUUUUUCUGGUUCUGCAAUGAUGAACGUGGAAAGGUGAAAAUGCUAAAUCCUGAAUUUGGUGUAGGUGAUAUUGCUAAGGAACUUGGUAAAAAGUGGUCAGAUGCAGAUCCUGAAACCAAAUCGAAAUAUGAGGCUAUGGCGGAAAAGGAUAAGGCUCGAUAUGAAAGAGAAAUGACUGCGUACAAAAAGAAAAUGAAAGAUGGUGCACCUGUAGUAGGAGUUCCAGCAAAUACUGUAAAAAGUGACAGUGAAGAAGAGUAUAAAGAAGAUGAUGAAUAGCGGAUGCACGACAAAAUUUCAUCUAUCACCCCGUGUCCUUGAUCCUGAAAGCAUACCUCACCUACUGUACGUACCAUUGAUCUUAGCGUGAGCGUACUUACACCACUAGGAAAACAAAUAACUAAUCACCAGUCCUUGAUUAUUUACAAUAAUAAUUAAAUACCCGCGAUUAUAAUAAUUAUUUUAAAAUUGUAUGUAUGAGAGGUGCGAAAGAAGAUCGUAUGAAUGACAUUUGUAUUUUAACAUAUUGAUAGUAACAUGUAAAAUGGCGUAGGAUAGCAGAAUGGAAAGAUAUGGUGACCCUACUUUCUAUCAGGUGGAAGGCGCAGGGGCUCAAUCAUUGUUAACAUUAUGUUCGGACUAUGUUGAAAGCUGUUGCAGCUAUACAAAACUGGAUACGGCGGCUCCAUAGUUGGGCAGUAUCAUUCGAAAUAAUUUGAUAUUUAUCAGUUCAGUUCAUUCGCUGCCAGUGUAAGAAGACUUAUUGUAUAUCCUUGUACAGAAUAUUUCUUUAAAUCAAAUCUGUCGCAGGUGGGGUAUGGGGCUGCUUUGUAUGAAUGUAAUUGAUUUAAGUACGUGUCGUAUAGUUGUAAGUAUUAGGAUAAGUAUAUAUUUUAAUGCAACUUCGAUUCUACAUCUGCGUCAACAUGUGAUAGUUUCCACAGAUGAUGUAUUCUAAACCACGAGAUUGAGCCUUAUAGCUUAUAAGUGAUCGAAAUCGAAACAAGAUAUUUAAUUCGCAACAUUGUAAAAUCAAAAUUGGGCCGAUAACCCAGCCAUGGAGCAGUAGUAUUGUAAAAAGUACGUAAAAGUACGUAAAACAUAAAACACAAUUAAUUCUUAUUCGUAAAAACAAGGCGAUUCGAUUUAUUUUACAUAACUGAUAAAAAUUUCGUUUUUAUGUUAUCUUAGUAAUAAUUAUGAUUUCAAGUCUUUUAUAAUCGUUUAAAGUAAUGAAUUUUUGUUCUUAUUGAAAUUAGUGACAGUCGUUGAAGACAAACUAAAGUAGAAUUAUUCUUUGAGUUUUAGCAAAUUGAAGUAGUCCCUGCCCUUACCAUCGUCAUUCUCCCUCUCAUAUUCAUUUUCCAAUAAAACAAAUACGUUAAAAUCCUUUCAGAAUCAUGUGAUUCCGUUCAUUGUUUAAGAAAGUAAGAUAAGGCGUGUCUUGUAUUGCCUCGAGUCAUCUGGUGUACAGCAGGCUGUAUUAUAAUAAAUUAUUGUGGUUUCUUGUAAUAUUAACAUUCCUAGAUCCUAGUGUGUACAGAAUUUAAUCAUUGAGAUUAGAGUCAACUGUGUAAGAAGCAUACCAAAAAAAGCAGGCUAAGUAAUGCAAAUAUGAAUUUCGUGGCCAAGAUUGGUAUGCAAAAUGAAUAUACAAGAGGCUUCUUUACAGUCAGACUGACUUGCACCUUGAUUUGGCUCAGCAGGUAACCACUACUUUUUGACGUAAAAGCUUUUCAUCUCCCCUGCACAUUAUCAUGUAAUGUGUGAUUAUAUAAGCAAAACCUGUUCUAGAGGGAGCUAGAGGAUGAAUACUGUAAAAUAUGAAAUUGUAAUAUUUUAAUACUGAUUUGCAGAUGUGCAUAAUUUUAACAUAGCUGGUUAAAAUGAAUUGUACUGAUACAAAGGUAUCCAUUUGAUGGAGAUAAUUAAUAAAAACAGAUAUUGAAAAUUAUGGCAGAAUUUUCUGUGUUAUUAUAGGGGAAUUAUAACAGUUACAAAAAAAUGUUUGUUUUGUAUAUCUCUUAGGAUAAAUAAACUUUUAAAAAAAUA